AUGACUGGGCGUAUCCCGAUAGCACAAGGGACCGAUAGCACACCACCAAUUACAUACCGGCCGAUACCUAAAGUUUUUCCGUUAGUUAGGAUCUUCCCGGACUCUCCUGUUUCACUCUCUCCUCCUGGAACUCCGAUCCCUGUUGUCUACGAUCCGGUGGAAGACCAACUUCCUGCGGAUUCUCCUAGUGUAGGGGCCCGCGAUCUCGAAGAGGAGGAGGAAACUUUCUCAACUCCUUCGAUCCUCGGAUCUCACGAUCUCGAGGAUGAGAAUCGUUCUCCUAGCCCCGCGCUUAGUGUGGAAUUCGUAGAGGAGCUGCCACCCCUUCCCCCACGUUGCUAUUUUGCCCCUGGUCCCCUUCAGUCAUUGGAAUCUGUUUUGUCGUUUUUAUUCAGUCACUUACCGGAUCCCCUUAAUUCACUGAUUAAUUAUCGAUUAGUGGGCAAAAUUCACAUCCCGCGAAAAUCGCGACCCCAUCGCCAUCGUCCGAAUCGUCUCCGGGAAUACUUCAGAAGGCAAGUCGUCAUCCUCGAGUGCCUCUGGGCAAUCCUAAGGAUAAGGGAAUGGGAGUUGCGCCCGGAACCGGCUCCUGGAUGGGCGCCAUCUUUGGAGAUACCUCCGGUUAUUCAAGAGGAACGCCACCCACCUUCCCCUUCCCCAUCUUCUCCGUCCCCUGCUCCCUCUAUCUCCUCUCUCCUUACAUAUAGAAUCGCUCCAGAUACCCCUCCGUACUCGCCUAUCCUCGAAGACCCCGUUGAUCUCCUUUCCCCCUCAUACUCGCCUGUCCCAGAGGAUCUCUCUGAUCCUUCUUCCCCCAUGAGUCCCGCGCCUAGCGUGGAAUUCAUAGAGGAGAUUCCCCCUCCCCCCUCACCAGUGAAUUCCACGUCCAGCGUGGAAUUCCUAGAAGAAAUAAUUCUCCUUUCCGACCACGAUCCUGAAGAUCCACCUCCCACCGAAUCCACGUAAUUUAUUAAUUAUUACCACACCUAAAUAAUAAAUUAGCGAAACUUACAAUUCCAUCUUCUCCUACUCAAAUGUAAUAGAAUUAAGUUUUUUUAUUUUUUUUAUUUUAUACUAUAAAUCCUAUUGAUAAUGCA